AUGGGAAGCUUCAAGAUCGUGUUGGCGCAGGGUGGUGGUCGGUAUGGUGGUGGGCUCCAGAACGCCCGAGGUGAAGGUUGGGACCAGGAGAAAUCCCUGUCGUCCUGGCCGACACCGACGCAGUGGCGCCUGAGGGUGCCGCCGGACCUUCCUAGAGGGCGUUGGGGGCUACCCAUCCUUUCUCCUCGCCGUGUACCGGGGAAACCCUUGGCAGCAGCGUCGUCAUUGUCACGUCCCUUCUUGGAGGUGUUGAUUGGUACCGACGCUUCGGAGUCUAGGAGCUGGGUGGGAGAUCUUCGGUGGGAGCAGCGGUCGCGAGGUACAUUGUUCAUGUGCUUCGGGUGGGCGGGCGGGCUUAGGAUUUUAAGGUCGGGCCCGAACCAGGCCCAGCCUGGAGGAUGCCCAGGUUUAGAGGAUGUUUCCUCAUCUACAUAUGGAAAAGACAAGAGUUCAUCAAAUGAACACUUCUUUUCUGAUCUUUAUCCACAGGGAUCGACAUUCGUCUGUAUUCAAACAGUAGGAUUUCUAUGUGGCUCCGGAGAGACCGGGAUAGAGGUGAGUCAGCUACCUGCAGAUGGGUCCCAUGCGCGCUCAGCCGCCCCAGCCGUGCCCCCGCGCGCUCUCGCCCCAGCCGUGCCCGCGCUCGCGCUCAGCCGCCCCAGCCGUGCCCGCGCUCGCACCAGCCGCACCCGCGCGCGCCCCGGCCGCGCCCGCGCUCGCGCUCAGCCGCCCCAGUCGUGCCCGCGCUCGCCCCGGCCGCACCUGCGCGCGCCCCAGCCGCGCCCGCGCGCGCUGCCCCGCUCCGGCCGCGCACGUCCGCCCCAGCCCCAGCCGCGCACGCGCGCGCUCGCCCCCGCUCCGGCCGCGCACGCGCCCGCGCUCGCCCCGGCCGCACCUGCGCGCGCCCCAGCCGCGCACGCGCCCGCGCCCGCGCUCGCCCGCCCCAGCCGCGCCGCGCUCACGCCUAGGCCACACGCACGCACCAAGGGAUUUAAAGAUCAGGGUUUAUUUACGUCAAGCCCUACAUCAUCAGGGUUUGAAACAGACUUCACUCUUGUAAAAGCUAUAGCUUACGGAGCGUGUGGGUACCUGGUGAAGCCGGUGCAAACCAAUGAUCUCAAUAUCAUGUGGCGGCAAGUCAUAAGCAGGAGAACCCCUGACCCAUGGAGCUUCUGCAGCAGCAUCGGUAAUGCUGCCGCUGAGAAGGCGCAACCUACAGGAGGAGCCGCCGGCGGUGAGCAGGGCGGUGCAGAAAGCACCAAGUACGGAUGGGCGAAGAGUCAUGAACACGAUGGAGAUGACCAUGAUGCGAACAAGGAGAACGUGUCGCCGGACCGGUCGACCGGGAAGAGGCUGAGGACGACAUGGACCAGUGAGCUGCAUGACAAGUUUGUGAAGGCUGUCAGUCAGAUCGGCAUCAACAGGGCUGUUCCAUCGAAGAUACUGGCUAAGAUGAAUGUGGAUAAUAACGUCUCUAGAGAGAGUGUUGCAAGUCAUCUGCAGAAGUACAGGAUGUAUCUUAGAGGGGCCGUGGACGAGGCGGAAGAGAGGCGCAAUUUGCUUGCUGCUGAAAGGUGUAACAUAAGUAGGGACGCUCUGGAAGAAGGCAUCAAGUAUUUCCAUGGACAAGGGAUAUAUCGGCCGUCAGCAAACCCAGCCUCUUGGAACCCUACCAGUCUCCCCACAGGGAGGGAUCAUACAUCCGCGUUCGGAGCGCGUGGUGCGGGUGCCCAUGGUGGCAGCAUGCUCUUCAGGGAUGCCGCACCUAGAUCAUCGUCACUGCUGCCGGGUGCGAGACAGUGGCCCUCUUCCUCCAGCUCCAGCCAUUCCCGUGGCGACUCAUCCUACAUGGGCAUACUGCGCGGCAACCUGCUGGGGACAAACAGAGGCAUCUUCUUGGCGGACAGAGACAGACACAAUGCUGGGAUGUGUUUGCCUCUGAAUCGGUUUCCAAUGCAGUCAUCUCGCCAACCGGGAUUCCGACCUCCAGUUCGGAGGAAUCCAUACAGAGAUACCGGGAACUGCCUAGGCAACUCCUGGCAAGCAGCUAUGAAGUAUCCUGAUCUUAGCCGUGACGAUUGGAGAACGACUCCAGGGCCAUCGCAGGCGAACAUCCCCAACAUCAACCAGCUCACAUGCCUUGGAGCCUCACCAGCUGGGCAGAUAGCUGGCCAGGUACCGAUGAGUCUCGACGAGCUGCAGAAUCAAAUAGCAGCUUUCUUAAACAGCAGAACAUCGCUGGCAGGUUCCAGUCAGGAGAUGGCGCCUUUCAACGUCGAUGUAGCCAUCAACAACAACACAAGCUCAGUACAGAUGCUGAAUGGCAACAUCGCAAUCGACGGCAACACAAGCUCAGUAGAGAUGCUGGAUGAUGACUUCGCAAUCGACCACAACGCAAGCUGGGCAGAGAUGCUGGAUGGUGACUUCGCAAUUGACGACAACACAAGCUGGGCAGAGAUGCUGGAUGGUGACUUCGCAAUCGACGACAACACAAGCUCAGUGAAGAUGCUGAAUGGUGACUUCCCAAUCAACUACAACACAAGCCAGGUGGAGAUGCCGAAUGGUGACUAUGCAAUCAACAACAACAUAAGCUCGGUGGAAGCAGUCAACAACAACACAAGCUCGGUAGAGAUGCUGAAUGGUAACUUCGCACUUGGUAGUGCUUCAAGCAUCGGUGCUGCAUUGCCUGAUCUUGAGAUGGGGACUUCUGCCGCGCCAACUCAGAUGCUGAAUGGUGGGGGUGCAGGCGGCGUUCUCCCUGUGCAAGCACAAAGCACAGCUAAUCAAGAAGCUGUUGAUGGUCAGCUGAAUAUCAACAGUGAUGAGUUCUGGGAAUUUGGAGAUUUUUAGAUGGACAGAAUUUUUACCGUCAUCAACAUGCUUAAUGAGGGUUUAGCAAUCAACGAGGUUAAUAUCAUGGAUGGAGACCUGUAGUUAGGUCGUUAGCCCCUAACUUGGAGAGAGAUGCUCCUCUACCUGCUGAUUCUUGCACAUUCUGUGUGUGAAAUUGUGCUAGUCAGAAGGAGUUUAGUUUUAUCUGUUAUCUUUUGGAGUCAUAAAUAAGGUUGUCCUGUAUGUUAGGCAGAACCAACUUUCAUGUAUGAUUUAGAUUAUGAGAUGGCAUGCCAUCAGCCUGUACUCUAGUCAUGGAGUUCAGUUUUACAUCAGAUUUAGCUUUUACUCGGUGGUUGUCUUUUGGGAUCCUAAACAAGGUUAU